GUGCAGGCGGGGGCGGGGCCUGGCGGUGCCCUCAGGUGCGGGGGAACUGUCCCGGCCGUGCCCUCAGGUGCGGGGGAACUGUCCCGGCCGUGCCCUCAGGUGCGGGGGGCUCGGCCCGGACGUGCCCUUAGGUGGGCGCCGCCCUCCCGCCACUCCCGCCCGCCUUCCCUCACGUGCGGGCGGCCCGAGGCGGUGGCGGCGGCGCCGCUCCGAUGGCGGCCCCGGGCGGGCUCGGUCGUUGCGUGGCCGCCUUCUGGCUGGCGCUGGCGUUCGACGCGCUGGGGCUGGCGGUGCUGCUGGCGGGCGUGUUCGCCGACGUGUUCUUCUCCGACCUGCUCAUCUACGCGGGCGGCAUCGGCAUCUUCCUCAGCCUCAUCUGGUGGGUGUUCUGGUACGCGGGCAACCUGGAGGUGCCGCCCGAGGAGCUGCGGGACGACGUGGGGCUGGCGGCGCCCAAGGGCCGCGGGGACACGCUGCUGCGGCGGCUGGUGCACGGGCUCAGCCUCCGCCUCACGGCCGCGCUCGGGCCCGGCCGCCCCGCCGACAUGGAGCUGCAGCGCCCCGCGGGGCCCCGCGGCCGCCCCGCCGAGCCCGGCAGGAUCUGUUGAAGACAUGCCUUUUGAAGUUACUGCCUUAAAAAGCGGGGGAAGUGCUGCAAAUUGUGGAAAGAGAAUUCCCUACUCAAAGCAAUAGGAUUCUCUCACUGUGGAAUAAUCUCUGCGAGCACUGUGGACUCUGCAUAAAAUGGACACAUGGAGUCAUAUCUCUGCCAAAUACACCUAUUUCAGUGUUGGACUGGAUAUGCUUUGAAAUGGUGGGAAAAAAAACCAACACAAAAUCUCUUUAAGAAGUGAGAACUAAAAGAGAACUGAACCCAAGUCCCAGAAAAAUCUCUGCAGCUUGUCAUAUAGUUGUGUUUUUUAACUAUUAUUAUUUUUAAAACCCUGGAAGGUUUGGAUAAAAAGCUCUUGCACAAUGAAAAGCUCUUGCACUGUUUUACCAAAGUCUGGAAGUUAAACUUACUGUGAAUUUUUAUAAUGCCAGUGCAAUACUUUUGUUUGUAAGGGUGCUUUUAAAAUACCUAUAUUAAACUAUUGAUGCAAAGCUGCAAAUGCAGUAGAAGUUGUUUAUAGUGUAAAUACACAAUUUACAGCGUC